UGUCUUUAUUAAAAAAAUGAACAAGUAAAUACGAAGUAAAUUAAUGACAUAAAUUAAAUAUUUACUUAAUCAAUAGACUUAUUAAUUUAGAGUAUGACUGAAGAUAACAAGCGUGGUGGGGAUUUAGUAAAAAUACCUUUCAUGUCAAGUGUAAAAGCAAAUGUCCUAGAAUGUCGAUUGUGUGAGGAAGUAUUUUCAGUAGAUGGUGGUAAAGUACCCCGACUUCUUCAGUGUGGACAUACAAUUUGUCACACUUGUUUAUUGAGACUUCAACCCUGUAUGCUGGACCUGUCAUUUCUGCUGUGUCCAUUUGACAGGCAGCCAACGGCAGUCACUCAUGAAGGAGUUUACAGUUUGAAGAAAAAUUUUGCGCUCAUUGAAUUGCUAGAGCGAUUGGAGCAAUCGAAUGUUGAAAAGUCAUUGGUACUAGAAAAAGAACGUUCCCAGUCAACGCAAUCCUGUGAUGAAGAUGAGUCUCAUUUAGCGGUUCUCUACUGCACAAUUUGCUCGUCACACUUGUGUGAGUCUUGUGAUAUUCUUACGCACUCGUCUAAAACACUUGGGAAACAUAGACGAGUCCCGUUGUCUGAGAAGCCAAAGGAGAAACCCAAGUGUCCAAUUCACACGACACACAUCGCCGAGUUUACUUGUGUUCAAGAAGGCUGUCAUAAUGCGCUAAUGUGUUACUUAUGUAAAGACUAUGGUCGUCAUAGUGCACACAAACCUGCGCUGCUUGAAAUAGAGGCGGAAAAUGUGCGGAAGUCAAUUGUUGGAGCUCUCCAGCGGAUGACACAAUUUAUGGAAAAUAUGCGAGAUACUGCGCAUAAAAUUGAAAUUGUAAUCCAAGAGUUGGAGGGCUGGGCUAUUGAUGACGCUCGACAUAAAGUUAAACAGCAUUUUGAGGAACUGAGAACUCAAUUGGCUGAGCAAGAAAAAAUUGCCCAGAGUUGUGUUGAUAAGGAGACACGAGGAAGACUGUGCGCUUUGAGGCAGCAGCAAAAAGAUUUGACCACUACACGUUCUCAGGUUGCUGAUGUAUGCAUCCAGUGCGAAAGUAUUCUUGAUUCUGAAGACUGGAAGCUAUUGAGUGGAGCUGAGAAAGUUAAAAAUGUACUGGCUUCUCUGGAACAGCAGCAACAAAAUUACAAUCAGCUUGGACCUGAUUUUCUUACCCCCGAAUCUUCGAUACCGAUUAUAUUUAGCAGGGACAACCGAGUUCAUAUUGGAACAAAAAUUGACAUGCGGGUGGUGAUACUCGGGCUCGAUGGCUCAGGUAAAACUAGUAUCCUGUCUGCAAUGCGAGGAUUGACUUUAUCAAGUCCUCCGAUACCUACCAUAGGUUUUAACGUCGAGAGUCUUGAGUACGAGAAUUUAGUUGUUACUUUUUGGGACGUUGGAGGACAGCAUAAAUUUCGGCCACUCUGGAAGCAUUAUUAUCACGAUGCACAGGCUGUUAUUUUUGUCGUUGACUCGAGUGAUAGAUCACGUUUUGAAGAAGCGCAAAAAGAGUUAUCAAAAAUAGUCAGCAAAAAAGAACUUAAAGAUGCGCUGUUUCUUAUUUUUGCUAACAAACAGGAUGUCGAAGGCUGUACGACAACUGAAGAAUUAACGGACAUUCUGUCCCUACAAAAAUUGUGCUGCGGUAGAGUUUGGCACAUCCAAGGCGCAUCACCACUACUUGAUGCCAAUACCGCAAUCCAGGGGUUGCAAUGGCUAACUCAACAACUCGGUGCACAUGAAGCUCUCUGUACUGGUUCAACAGUACAAUAAUUAUUAUCUAAUUUAUUAAUUUAAGCCAAAGUUAUGUUUUGUAAGACUUUUGUAUAUUUAGAUCACUGAUCAUUGUUGAUUAUUUUAAUUAUUUAUUGUUCUAUCAGAGAUUAUAGUUAACUUAUGUUAGUAAUUAGCAGAACCUGAGAGUUGAUACAUAAAUAUAUGAAAAAUGGUUCAAAAUAUAUAUAUUGUAAGCAUCAACUUCAGAAGCUUGGUAUUGAGGAAUGAAGAUUAACAAAAAAGUAACUGGUUAUCUAGAAAAGUUUAUUUAUUACUUAAAUGAUGAUUAUUGAGUGUCAUAAUUUGUUGGUGUUUACACCGCGUUCGAUAAAAAUUAUUAAUUAUAUAAAUCAAUAAUCAUUCAAUCAAUCAUUAAUCACAUUUUUUCAUUUACACUUUUUCAAUCACUCUUCCAGAAUUAUAAAAGGAUUUAAUUAGCGGAUCGUAAAUAAUAAAUUGUACGGAGAAUGACGACCUACAUACUUACAUAUAUAAUAUUUAUAUAAUAAUAUAUUUAUAUAGCGAUAUUAAAUUAAUUAAUAUUUUUUUUUAUUUAAUUAUUAUUUCAAAUUAUUUAUCUUUUUAAUAUAAAAACACUUGAAAAACAAAAA